GCCUGGGUCUCCCCAGUCUUGCUGUCAGGAGGAGCGCCAUGGAGGCUCCAGGGAUCCGCCUUGCCCUAUGGCUUCUAACGUUUGCCAUGUCCCUGUCGACGCUAUCUAGUAAUCUGCUAUUUCCUGCGGGAGUCCGAAGUCAACUCUGUGAAAGCGGGCAUCUUGGAGCGAAAAGAAUAAUAUGCAACCAACCGGUAAAGAGAGGCUUCUGCAGCUUCAGUUUCUACAGGUACUACUUCAACCAAGAAACGGCCCUAUGCGAGCCCUUCAUCUUCACCGGCUGCGGGGGCAACAGGAACAACUUUAAAACAAAGUACCUCUGUGAAGUCCAUUGCAUUCAUAUAGAGAAGGAUUGAUCCAAACCCAGGAAAGCAGUAACCGAAGGAUGCGAGGAGCGGCGCCAGUCUUAUGCAGAGGGAAUAAAGUUGAAACUUCUGAC